GGCGGGGCGAGGGCGGGUCCCUGCGCCCUCUGGGGCCCUCGGCUGCCACUGCGCCUCAGUCUACUCUCCACGCUCGCCCGGUCAAUAUGACUGAUGCGCUGCUUCCCGCGGCCCGCCAGCCUCUGGAGAAAGAGAGCGACGGCUACUUUCGGAAGGGUUGUAAUCCCCUUGCACAAACCGGCCGGAGCAAACUGCAGAAUCAGAGGGCAGCUUUGAACCAGCAGAUCCUGAAGGCUGUGAGGAUGCGGACAGGAGCUGAGAACCUUCUGAGAGUAGCCACAAACCAGAAGGUACGAGAGCAGGUUCGCCUGGAGCUGAGCUUCGUCAACUCAGACCUGCAGAUGCUGAAGGAGGAACUGGAGGGGCUCAACAUCUCCGUGGGAGUGUACCAGGGUGCAGAGGAGGCAUUUACCAUCCCCCUGAUUCCUCUUGGCCUGAAGGAAACCAAAGAAGUUGACUUUUCAGUUGCCCUCAAGGAUUUUAUCUUGGAACAUUAUAGUGAAGAUAGCUAUUUAUAUGAGGAUGAAAUCGCAGAUCUUAUGGAUCUUCGGCAGGCUUGUCGGACGCCCAGCCGGGAUGAGGCCGGGGUUGAAUUGCUCAUGACCUACUUCAUCCAGCUGGGCUUUGUGGAGAGCAGGUUCUUUCCACCCACCCACCACAUGGGGCUCUUGUUUACCUGGUAUGACUCCUUCACUGGGGUUCCUGUCAGCCAGCAGAACUUGCUGUUGGAGAAGGCCAGCAUCCUCUUCAAUAUCGGGGCACUGUACACCCAGAUUGGGACCCGGUGUAACCGGCAGACACAGGCUGGCCUGGAGAGUGCCAUGGAUGCCUUCCAGAGAGCUGCAGGGGUUUUAAACUACCUGAAAGAGACAUUCACUCAUACUCCAAGUUAUGACAUGAGCCCCGCCAUGCUCAGUGUGUUGGUCAAAAUGAUGCUCGCCCAAGCCCAAGAAAGUGUAUUUGAGAAAAUCUGCCUUCCUGGGAUCCGGAAUGAGUUCUUCAUGCUGGUGAAGGUGGCUCAGGAGGCCGCCAAGGUGGCAGAAGCCUACCGGCAGCUGCACGCAGCCAUGAGCCAGGCACCCGUGAAAGAGAACAUUCCCUACUCAUGGGCCAGUGUGGCCUGCAUCAAGGCCCACCACUAUGGGGCCCUAGCCCACUACUUUGCUGCUAUCCUCCUCAUCGACCACCAGUUAAAGCCAGGUGUAGACGUGGAUCACCAGGAGAAGUGCCUGUCGGAGCUCUACGACGACCACAUGCCGGAUGGGAUGACGCCCCUGGACACACUGAAGAGUGAUCAGCAGCGAGGGCAGCUGGGCAAAGGCCAUCUGCACCGAGCCAUUGGCCACCAUGAGGAGUCGCUGAGGGAGGCCAGCCUUUGCAAGAAGCUGCGUGACAUUCAAGUGCUCCGGGACGUGCUGUCUGCUGCACAGCAGCGCACUCAGCUCAAGUAUGCCCAGCACCAAGCGGAUGAUGAUCUUCUGAACUUGAUUGAUGCUCCAGAUGUUCUUCCAAAAACUGAGCAAGAGGUUGAAAUAAUAUUACCCCAGUUCUCCAAGGUUACGGUAACGGACUUCUUCCAGAAGCUGGGUCCUCUGUCUGUGUUUUCGGCCAACAAGAGAUGGACACCUCCUCGAAGCGUUCAGUUCACAGUGGAGGAAGGAGACCUGGGAUUUACCUUGCGAGGGAAUACUCCGGUCCAAGUGCACUUCCUGGAUCCUUACUGCUCUGCUGCACUUGCAGGAGCCAAAGAAGGAGAUUAUAUUGUUUCCAUUCAAGGUCUGGACUGUAAGUGGCUGACAGUGAGUGAGGUUAUGAAACUGCUGAAGAGCUUUGGUGGGGACGAGGUUGAGAUGAAGGUUGUGAGCCUCCUGGAUACCACCUCGUCCAUGCAUAACAAGUCCGCCACGUAUUCUGUGGGCAUGCAGAAAACUUACUCCAUGAUCUGCUUGUCCAUGGAUGAUGAUGACAAAACCGAUAAAGCCAAGAAGAUCUCAAAAAAGCUCUCCUUUCUGAGCUGGGGCACCAGUAAGAGCAGGCAGAAGUCGGCCAGCACAUUGUGCCUCCCGGAGAUUGGCCUGGCGAGGCCUCAAGCCAAGAAGAAGCUCCCUACUCCCUUCAGUCUGCUCAACUCCGACAGCUCUUUGUACUGACAGCAGAAAACAGAACUGUUCAUUGCCACAGCCGAAGAGGCGGUGUAAGCAUUCGUGCCAUAAUGGAAAAUAACGAAAUACUCUCAAAUCCCAUUUUCUCAGCCUAAAUUGUCCUCUUAUGAAAGUAAGAAGAAACCUCUAGAAAUCCGAGGAAAACACACUUGUGUGAGGGUUUCGCUAUACCGCUGCAAUUAUUUAUUCUACAAAGUAUUGUACAUGGAAUAGUGUUGAUAUUCUGGCUGCUCUUAAUGGCUAGUUUUGACUUUUAGGCACUAUGGAGUGUGGCCACCUACCUUAUUACUAUUUCUAAUAGGGUAGUAAGGAUUCCUUAACCUAGAGUUCAGAUGACCCUUGAAUGAAGGCAAAUCAGAAAUGUUACUAAAACCAAAUUGCUACUUGGGAGUUCAUUAACUGAAAAUGGUAACAUUUUGCUAUAAUUUCUACACAGCAUGAAUGCUGUUUCCAGUCUAGUGCCAAUUUUUUUCUGCCUUUUUACUUCUGGCAGUACUAGAGAUUGAAACACUGUAAAAAAAAAAAAAA